AUGGCUCGUGCAACCGCGAUUAUCCUUGCAUUCGUACUUGUGGGAUUAACCAUGUUUACGCCUCACAUUGAAGCAGCAAGGAUGAUGUUUAAGGAGACUAAAAAGAUACCUCAUUUUGAAGCUAGCUUGUUGACAAAUGCCCUUCCUAAGGGCACCAUUCUGCAUUCUGCCCCAAGUGAUAAAGGCGAUGAUGAAGUCGUGCUUAGUAACAUGAAGAAGCUAUUCAUGACUAUGUAUCGUACUAGCAACCGUGAUCGGGUUUUGCAGUCUGUCCCUAGUCCUGGUGUUGGACAUCAUUAA